GCUAUGGAGGAAUUAUCCCCUUUGUUUUCAAAUUUUGAGUGCAGUUAUGAUGUGUUUUUGAGUUUUAGAGGAGAGGAUACUCGAUCCAGUUUCAUCAGUCAUCUUGACAUGGCUUUAAGGCAAAAGGGAGUCAAUGUCUUCAUUGAUGACAAGCUCAACAGGGGUGAGAAAAUUUCUGAAUCCCUUUUCCGAUCUAUAGAGGGAGCUUUGAUUUCUAUUGUUAUAUUCUCUGAAAAUUAUGCAUCUUCUUCUUGGUGUCUGGAUGAAUUGGUAAAAAUAAUCGAGUGUAAAAAAUGCAAGGGCCAAAUAGUUUGGCCAAUUUUCUAUAAGGUGGAUCCAUUAGAUAUACGAAAGCAAACAGGAAGUUUUGGAGAAGCAUUAGUCACACAUCAAGCUAAGUUCGAAAAAAAAAUCCAAAUUUGGAGGGAAGCUUUAACUAAUGCUGCCAACUUGUCUGGAUGGGAUCUUGGAACUAGGAAGGAAGCUGAACUUAUUCAAGACAUUGUUAAAAAAGUGUUGUCUAUAUUAAAUCGCACUUGCACGCCCUUAUAUACAGGAAAAUAUCUAGUUGGAAUUAAGUCUCAAUUAGAAAAUAUGAGGUUUCACUCCCAUUAUUGGACACAACAUGAACCUAGUAAUGGCGUGUACAUGGUGGGGAUAUAUGGGAUUGGUGGCAUAGGUAAGACCACCUUGGCUAAAGCUUUAUACAACAAAAUAGCUUACCAAUUUGAAGCUGGCUGCUUUCUAUCAAAAGUUAGGGAAGCAUCAAAGCAAUUCAAUGGCCUCGUUCAGCUACAGGAGCACCUACUCCAUGAGAUCUUAAAGGAAGAUUUGAAGGUUGGCAAUCUUUAUAGAGGAAUCAACAUCAUAAGGAAUAGACUUCGUUCAAAGAAAGUUCUUAUAGCUCUUGAUGAUGUGGAUAAGCUUGAGCAGUUAGAAGCAUUGGUUGGUGGGCGUGAUUGGUUUGGUCCUGGUACUAAAAUCAUUGUGACAACAAUUGCCAAACGUUUACUUUCUAUCCAUGAAUUUGAUCAAAUGUAUGGUAUUCGAGGAAUGAAUCACGACGACGCCCUUAAACUUUUUAGUUGGCAUGCUUUUAAGAAAAGUCAUCCACCAAGUGAUUACUCAGACCUUUCCGAACGUGCUACAAGUUAUUGUAAGGGUCAUCCUUUGGCUCUGGUUGUUUUGGGUUCUUUUCUUUAUAAAAGAAACGACCAAACAAAAUGGAGAAGCAUAUUAGAUGAAUUUGAAAACUCUUUGAAAAUAGGCAUCAAAGAUAUUCUUCAAAAAAGUUUUGAUGAGCUUGAAGAAAAAAUGGGUCAUACAAUAAUCAAUAGUGAAUCUUCUAAGCCGGGAAAAAGGAGUAGAUUGUGGUUGAAAGAAGAUGUUCUGAAGGUGUUCAUGGAUAAUUCCGGAACGGAUGCAGUUAGAGGCAUAAAAUUAGACUUGCCAAAUCCCAAAAGUUUGGACGUGGAUCCACGAGCUUUUAAAAACAUGAAAAAUCUGGAAUUACUUAUGGUUCGAAAUGCAAGUUUUUUUACAAAUCUUGAAUAUCUACCGCCUAACUUAAAAUGGAUUACGUGGCAUGGAUUUACUCAGAAAUCUUUGCCGUCCUGCUUUAUUACGAAAAAUCUUGUCGGAUUAAGUUUACCACAUAGUCUCAUCAGAAAUUUUGAGAAAGGAUUUACGGAUUGUAAAAGGUUGAAGCUCAUUGAUCUUAGUUACUCUGCUUCAUUAGAGGAAAUUCCGGACUUCUCUGCAUCAUCAAGCAUGGAAGAAUUGUAUCUUAGCCACUGCACAAUUUUAAGAAUAAUUCCGACAACAGUUGCUUCUCUUGGUAAGCUUAUUACCUUAGACCUUAAUCAUUGUUCAAACCUUAAAAAGCUUCCAAGCUACUUCAUGUUGAAGUCUCUUAAAGUUUUGAAUCUCUCUUAUUGCAAUAAACUUGAGGAACUUCCCGACUUCUCUGCAGUAUCAAGCCUUGAAACAUUGUAUCUCAAUAACUGCACAAAUUUAAGAGUGAUUCACGAGUCUAUUGGAUCUUUGGAUAGUCUGAUUAAGUUGGACUUUAGAGGAUGUACCAAACUUGAAAUGCUUCCAAGCUACCUCGAAUUAAAGUCCCUUAAAUAUUUAUAUCUCUCUGGGUGCUGUAAGCUUGAAAUGUUUCCAGAAAUUGCUGAAAACAUGAAAUCUUUAGUACGGUUGGAUUUGAGUUUUACAGCCAUAAAGGAGCUUCCUUCCUCAAUUAGGUACCUUACAGCGCUCUUUGAUUUAGACCUUCACGGUUGUACAAACCUCAUUUCCAUUCCUAAUACCAUUUAUUUGUUACACAAUCUUCGAGAACUUAGCCUUGGUGGGUGUUCUAGAUUUGAAAUGCUACCCCUCACUUGGGACUCAACUAUCCAUCCAACAUGCUCUUCUUCAAAUCAUGGAAACUUUGUCGAGUUCAGAAUUUCCUCAUUUAGCAGUUUCAAAAGGGAGCCUAUGUUUUAUGAACACCAUUACUUGGUUCUUGAAAACUGCACCAUAUCAAAUACUGAUUUUUUGAAAGCUUUAUGUGAAGUCACCCCUUUCUUAUCUUCUCUAUUUUUGUCGGGUAACAAAUUCUCAUGUCUCCCUAAGUUUUUGUCCUUAAAGAAUCUCCGAAUAAGGAAUGACAUGUUUCUUCAAGAAAUUCCAAACCUCCCUAUGUGUAUACAAGAAUUGGAUGCCAUUGGUUGUGAAUCUUUGGCCAAAAGUCGAGACAACGUUGAUGAUAUAAUAUUAAACAAGCAGCGAGGAAGGACUCGAAUGGGGUUGGUUAAUCGACAACGCUUGCAGCGGCGUCGACUGGUUGAUAUCGUGUAUUAAAAGCCUUGGAAUUGAGAGUUCUAAUGAGAGGUUGGUGAAUGAUGAAGUGAUGAUGACGGAGGAUGGCGG